AUGUCCAAGGAGCCCCGCGGCUCAACUGUGCCUCACGUUUACGUCCCUAUCGAAGAUGUGGAGAAACUGGAAAGGUACCGAGAAGGGGGCUACCACCCUGUUGCAAUUGGAGAUAGGUUUCAUGGUCGGUAUCGGGUAGUUCACAAACUAGGCCAUGGCUCCUAUUCAACGAUUUGGCUGGCCCGAGACGAGAAACGUGGGAAACUGAUCGCGAUAAAAGUAUGCACUGCAGACUCGAAUCCUCGCGAACUUGAGGUACUUUCUCUCCUUUCCAGAUCGGCACAGCUUCCGGGUAGUAAUUGGGAGAAAACCUUGAUACCCUUAAUUUUGGACACCUUCAAGGUCCAAGGCCCGAACGGUACCCAUGCAUGUUACGUGACAAGCCCUGCGAGGAUGAGUCUUUCUGAUUCAAAAGAUGCAUCAUAUUUUCGCAUAUUCAGGCUAGAGGUUGCGCGGGCGUUAGUAGCACAGCUUGUACUUGCAGUUGAAUAUAUACAUGGGCAAGGGUUUGCUCAUGGCGACCUUCAUUUUGGCAAUGCUCUUAUUCAGCUACCCCCUGGGUUUGACCGGCUUUCCGAUCAAGAGCUGUAUGUCAGGUAUGGUGAGCCGGAGUCUGAACCCAUUGCUCGCUUUGAUGGUAGAGUGCUGCCUUCAUGUAUUCCGUCACGGGCAAUUCUACCAGUUUGGCUCGGUGAAGCAAGCGAGGAUCUCCUUCUUCCGGAAGCCAACCUUCUACUCUCCGACUUUGGCGAAGCGUUCGCUCCUGCAAAGGAAAAUAAAUUCGACUCGCACACACCUCUCGUGUACCGAGCUCCGGAGGCUCGAUUUGAAGCAAAGCCACUUUCCUUUCCGUCGGAUAUAUGGUCACUCGCUUGUUCAAUAUGGGACAUCAUUGCCGAAAGCCCGCUCUUCGAAGGGUUUCUCGCCACCGAGGAUGACAUGACAUGCGAGCAUGUUGAUGCACUUGGCGUGCUCCCCUCCGAAUGGUGGCAACAAUGGGAAGCGCGGCAAAGGAAAUUUACCGAGGAUGGAAAACCAAUAAACCGAAAGUCAUUUCGAUCGUUGCAGGACCGUUUCAAAGACAGUAUACAGGAUCCUCGACAAACGGUGGGCAUGCCACCAUUCGAGCCAGCUGAGAGAACUGCACUUCUCUCGAUGCUAAGGCCUAUGCUGUCUUUCAAACCAGAGAAUCGCCCUUCUGCCAAAGACGUUCUUGCAUCCGAAUGGAUGGUGAAAUGGGCAUUGCCCGAGUAUGAAAAAGUAAAGAGUUGUUGA